CUAAGUGCUCCUCCCAAAUGCGCGAAAAAAUGCGCAUGAGGGUAUGUGCACAGGACACCGUAGUGACGGAAGUGCCUGCUAUGGAGGAUACGAAUGUAUUUUUUAUCCACGGGUUUGAUCAUAAAUCGGUUUAUUUAUCGUUAGCCAGAUUAAAAAUGGCAGCCGUGUUUCUAGUUAUGUUGUAUGAAUAUUCUCCUUUAUUUUACAUUAGUGUCAUAUCCUUAUGUUUCGUUGUUACCGCCGCCAUGGUCCUCGGCUGGUUUGGUUUCGAUGUCCCAGUGAUUCUUCGUAGCUCUGAUGAGACUGAGUCAGUCUUGCCUGUCCCAGAGAAGAGGAUGGUUCAGGUGACCAACCCCUUUGCCCUGGAGAUGGGGACCUCUGGGGUGGCCUCUGUGACUGAGGGUGUGUCCCUGCGUCCAUGCUGCCUGGAGCCCUGUGUGCUGAGCUGUUACUGGGGUUGUGGUGUCCAUGCCCUCCAGGGGGCGCUACAGACCCACCAACAUGGCCCCAGCAGGCUCAGCACACCACAACAGUUCCAGGAAGCCCUGCACUUCCAGUACCACCACUGCCAAAGUUUCCAUAUCAGUGGAGAGGACAGAGAGGAGCACUACAGCGAGAUGCCAGCUGAACUGAGGAUCACUGAUUUUGGUCAUUUGCCACGGGAACGUUAUCCCCUGGUGGCUCUCCUCACACUGGCUGAGCCUGAAGCCAGGGACACAUACAACAUUGCCGCCAGUGUCACCGUAGUCCAUCUUCCAGAUGACAAAUACAGCCUGUCGGCACGGAUCCUGUUUCAAUACCUCCUCACGGCACAAGGGAACAUGUAUGAGUUAAAGUCACUCUUUAUGUCAGCUGAGAGCAUGGGGUUGUCAGGGGCGACUGACCCCGCCCCUAGCACAGAGAUACCACCAGAACGACAGGAAAGAGAACAUGGAAGGGAGGAAGAGGAGAAGACACCAGGAAUGGAAGAUGAAGAGGAGUGGUCAGAGGAGGGAAAAGCCAAAGACUGUGUUGUGUGUCAGAAUGCACCUGUUAACCGUGUUCUGCUACCCUGCAGGCACGCCUGUGUGUGUGACGGCUGUGUCCAUCGCUUCCAACACUGCCCCAUAUGCAGAGCUUUCGUAUUGGAGUCGUUUGCCCUGUUCCAGAAUUCCCCUAUGGAGGAGGAAGAUGAGGAAGAAUGAACUGUGAUGUAGCAGGUCAAUGUCAUUAGAGUAGCUGUAUGGUGGCCAGGAUGUGCAUUAUCACUAUAGGUGCUGGUCCAAUACAGAUAUAAUAGUACCGUUUCAUGGGAAUCAGUGUUUAUCAUAGAAUGGAUGUGAUAUGGUUUUACGCCAAAGUCAUCUAUUGGACACUUCAAACUGUUGUAGGGCUGUGAGCAUAUACAUUUUAUUUUAUCACGUUGAUAGUUGUGGUGUAAACUAUUCCUUGAACUGUUUCUAAACAAUGUAUGUAGAUAUGGAAAACUUACUAUUUGUUUUUAUGUGUAAUGUAUAGAUGUAUUUUAUUUAUUAUCAAUAUACCAUAUAUUAAGUUGUU